AUGUUCGACACUGUCAAAACAGAUGACGUACGCUUUUUUAAUUUAUCGCUUGAUGAAAUUAGUGCUUUUUCAUUUGAGAAUUUUCUCCAAACACUAAAAAAGUAUGUUCGGACACCAAAAAACCCACUUGUCCAAGUUGCUAAGAGGAUUGAAGAAUCUGAAAAUAUUGAACAUAUUCGAAAAGGUAAUAUUAAGUUAAAACAAAGAGAAUGGAGGCUAUCAACACUUCCUAGAGACUCAAUAGUGUUGCUUAAAAAUAACACUUAUGCUCAGAUUAUAGAAGUUAGAACAAAUGGAUAUUUUUGCUGCCUUUUUGACUGUUCCUAUCUACAACCUUUUUUUAUAGAACCAUGUUCUUCAGCACUUGUAGGUAUCUACUAUUCAGAAAACCGCCAUAAACAUACCAAAACAAAACUGGUGACUAAUGAGGAUAUUGCAAAAAAGGGGCUUAAACUGCCAUGUGAAGAUGGAUAUGUCCUUAUGCCGUUUCUGCACUGUAACGACCUAAUGUUAUGGAUACGAGCAGUCUGGAAGGAAAAAUCAAGAGACGAAGAAGGGACUUUGCCAAGCAAUUGGGUAGAAGAAAAAUUUGUUAGAUGGCCUCCAAAAAAUUUCAAAUUUGAAUUAGUGAAAAUAAAAUUCUGUUCAGAUAGCUUUCAGGAAUGUGAAAAUUUUGAAUAUACAACAUCAACAGACAUUGAUGAACCUCUUGUGGAGAAACAAAUAAAAAAAAGAAAGCUACCGACAAACUUUGUAGAAAAUUCAGAUGAUAGUGAUGACAACAAUUAUCCACACGAUUCCAAUGAAGAGUUGUCCAAGUUCCCCACUCCUCCAAAAGCGCUCAGCGAACUAAGUUCACGUUUACAUUGUAGACAAAUUAAAUCUACCACUAAUUCAGUCUGUCAAAGUUUUCUUGCUCAUCCAAAGCUUACAUCAAGCAUUAAAACCUCUCAGUCACAACUACCUUCAACAAUACAUAACCUAGUUGUAUCCAAAAAACCUAGCCAAUCAUGUUUUCUGUUAGCUGCAUCAAACAUACCAAUCAGGUCAACACCAAAAUCUACCCAGUCACGUCUGCCAAUUCCAGUCACGUCAACACCAUCAAACCAACUGAUAAGGUCAAUACCCAAGUCCGUCCGCACCGUCAGAUCAUUAAAAACAGUAGCUAGUGAUUCUUCUACAGUGAAAUCAAGAAAUAGUGCAUCCAAUGAAGUAAGUAAAAGCACCGAUCCAUUAAAUGCAAAAUUCCAGAAGUCAGUUCUCUUCAAACUGUCACAACUCACCAUAGAAAUCUUGGAAGUUAAAAAGCUCCUUGAGCGACAAUCGAUGCCAGCUGCUUUACUAAGUGCUAACAACUCAAUGGACUCUUUGGAAAUUAGUGAUGGCCCCAUUGACACAGUUGAACAAUACAAGUCGUUGGCUUUUCGUUGUGAAAGUCCUGCUGCAAGUACUCUUUUGUUACAUUUGCUAAAGAAAAUUGGUGGAUCAGAUCUGGGAAAGACUACUGCGUAUAUUAUGUCGCGACUUUUUACAAAUUCUUUGAUGUCACAAAUGAACAUGGAUGGUCGAGGAAAUUUGGGGAAAGUUCCAUUCAGAAGAUCCUCUAUAUGUAAAGUUGUUGUUGAUUCUAUAAUGUACAAUUUCCCCAAUAUGUCUGUAGCUCAAGCACAUAAUGCUAUAGCCGCAUAUUUAAAACAGGCCUCAUGGCGGAUAGGAGGACCAAAAAAAAACAUCUUUGAGAAUAAAGAAAACGUUAUAAAUGAUGAUCAAAAUGUAGAGGAAGACGACCAGGAGACGAGUAUGAAUGAUGAUGUUGAUCAAGAACCGGCGCCCAAUAACAAAGAGCGGGCGCAUGAUGAACAAGUACCGGUGCACGAUGAACAUGCGUUGGACGAUAUACUUGAAAGAUUUUUGAGAAAGCAUAAACCAGAGUAAAAUAGACUUUUUUAUACGGAUUUAACGUCACUGUAAUAUUGCUAGUGCUAAGAUAAAAUAAUUACUGCGAUUAAA